CAUUUCAAACAUCACACUAAUUAGUGAAGGAGGACACAGUGCGACUCUGUGAAGACUGUUUGUUUGGGCUGGAGGCAGGUCUGCGCUUGUUUGGAUCAGACACCACGGCUUUGGAUAUAUCUUCACUACACAGGAGAAGAAGUCCCAUGUGAGCUAGAUUUACUUGGCUGCACUCAGCAGCUUCCUGUUUGACUGGAUGAUCUCAUGAUGGAACCCCCUUCGUAUGAGGAGGCUAGUCUCCACGCUCCUGCUCACGGCACAGCAACAUACCCCCCACCCCCCUCUUAUGACGCCUCCCUCCAUGCCCCCCCAUCACCUCCUCCCACCUAUGGAGAAGCAGUUACUGUCCAGCCAGAUCCUUUUCCUGUCCUGACGGUGCCAACUGGUGUGACGUCACAAAACUCUGGAUUCAUAAUCCAUCCAAUUACACAAAUUGGUGUAACACAGCCUGUCAGCAGCCGACAAACUCAGCCAGCAGUUGUCAUGACGCAGCCAUUGCCGGUUCCUGUCUCAGUGUCACAUCUGGAGGAAUUCCCCAGUUUGAUAGUCUGCCCUCACUGCCACCACUCUGUCACCACUAAAGUCAUUCACCAGCCGGGGAAGGCUGCCUGGUGCAUGUGUGUUCUUCUAGCAAUGAUGGGUUUUGUUUGUGGAUGCUGUCUGAUACCGCUGAUGGUCCGAAGCCUACAAGACGUACAUCAUUCCUGCCCAAAUUGUGGAACCCAUCUGCACACGUUCGCAAGAUGACACUCCUCCUCCUGUCCUCAGUUCAACCAAAACCCCGCACUACUCAUCACAUAUUUCUGUCAAAACAUGGAUAAAUAACAGUUUGUCAUAAGCUAGGAAUGUAAACACAUCACCCCCAAAGCUUCACAGGGAAGCAACAGGGAAUGAAGUAAUAAGUGUGUGAUGUAAUGUAUAUAUACAGUCCAUAGUGAACAUAGAGAUGGACAGAGGACCGGCUUACACUGCCAGAGGUUCACGGACGUUUUUAUAUAAUGUUUUCACUAUAAAGGACAAAUUUCCCAUCUUUUAACCUACAGCAGGUGAGUAUCUGACACCAAAAAAAUAUUUAAUUUGCAAUUUUUAAUCUUUGAGAUGUAUCACACUUUUGAACAUUUUAAGGCAUGAGACACAAGCAUUUCUGAUACAUAGAAGAAAGCAGGCAAAAGCACUUUUGACCCUCUGUAAGAAUGUGUUGUGGGGGUGUUUAAUUAAAAUCAAUGAAAAAGAGAACACUGAAUCCGUCCCUGCAUCUGCACACAGCAAGUGCAGGAUGCUUUACACCAUUAAAACACACAGACAGAAGACUAAUCAAAGGACAUUCACUCGUCAUUUUGGUUUUGUUUAUUUAACAGUUGUAUUUAAUAUAUUUGAAUACUAAGUGAACAAAAUCUUUGUUAUUUGUCUUUUUCUAAUGUAUAUAAAGCUAACAUUAAUGUUUACUUUAACUAUGAAGGGGGCAACUUGUCCAGGUUUGAAGGCCAGAUAUGAUUUUCUUUGGUAAAGCAAACAAAGCCUAGUGGAAAAUACACAGACUUAACAUGCUCUAAUUUAUUUCUCUGCAAAAUUCUUUGUCUUCAUGUCAAAUGUAAAUCCACACAGGUGAUUGACUUAAACACUGCUGGCUGUAUUGCACCUGUUAGGAAAUAAAAGAACACCUAUGUCAUUCCUAUUAGUGCAUGGAAGUCAGGUGACGUGAUGUAAUUCCAGCUCCGCCCAGCUUCAACAUGCACAGGUCUAAUCAACCAGUGAGUGAAUACACCUGUGUGGGUAUGCAGGGCCUUUAAGGUAGAAUCUGUCAAAUAUUAACUCAGGAUUGGAAGCUGCUUUUGAUUAAAAAUGUAAAAUAAUGAUUUUGAUACUGUAAAAAAAGGUUUGCAUCAGUAAAGUUUACUGACAUUGGAGUCAAACAGGUUUAUAAUUUGAAUUAUGGUCAGAGCAGAAACACAAAAUUGUGAUUUGCAAUCUAUAAUUCAAACUCUCUAAUUGUGCCUUGAAUCUACCUGGUCUUUGUCCUUGCAUUAAUUUCCAAUGGUAAAAUAACGAUCAUAACUAUAACUUAAAGAGUCUCAGUAGUUGCCCUCUCUUCAAGAAAUAGUUUGACUUUUUGGGAAAUACGCUUAUUCACCGUCCUACUGACAGUUAAACAAGUCGACAGAUACUCUUAUGUCUUCCUGUAUGUGUUUGCAGCUACAGUCAGGAGAAGGUUAACUGAGCUUUGCAUAAAGACACCAACAAAACAUGAGGAAACAUCUAGCUUGGCCAACUAGCUGACAGGUUGCCAGGCAACCAGUGGAGUCUAGCCUUUAUUCCACGAUGGCUACUCCAACUCUGCUAACCCUGUCACACCCAAUGACUGUAUAUAAAGACGGACAUCACUCCACUUCCUGUCCAUACACCCGUCCAACCAACCACGAGCAGCACCAUUGAUUACGAGUACUCUGAUUGGUCAUCAAAUAACUAAAUAAAACCAACUUCAUCAGAGAAACGAAAACUUGAACAUACACCAGUAAAAUGACAAAAACCAUGUUUGGGGAAAAAUUCAACUGCAAUUUUGUCCAUCUUUGUGUACAUUCUGUGGUCAUGCCAAAUGAAUAGCUAAAAUGAUGUACUAUUUCGUAUCAGGCAUUUGUUGUGGUUUGUUAGCUCCUUUUACUGAGUUGAAUUAUACUGAAUUUAUUGUAUUAGUGUAAUUAAUCACUGUAAAUAUUGGGUUUUAUUUAGAUGUCACCACUGGUGUUUCCAGCUGUCAAGUGGGAGAUAUUACUGCUGUCAGAAAUCCCCAAAAUGUCUUCACUGCAAAUUACACCUGAGCAAUUUGUCCUUUUUUGUUUGUUCAUAAUAACAGUCUGAACAAUAUGAUGUAACCAUGGCAACAAUCCCCCAUUUUAACACGAGAUAUAUACAUCGGGUGCAUUCGGGAAUACUCAGUCUGAAAGUCAGAUAACUCUCUGGCACAUUCUGUAUACAGAGCGCUGCUGCAGUGUAUAGUUUGGUUAUUCAAAACAUUUAACGCAUCAGGGCGGAGCAUCAGGGUACUCUGGGCACACUGUCUGAGGAAAUGGAGCAGCAGAGCACCAAGCAAAGUGAAUGUGUGAUUAACUUAACCAUUUGUUAAUCAAUGUAGAACUAGAACGCUCUGUUUCUUUGAACAACACCGCUCUUAUUUUAGUGUAGAGUGUUAGAUUGUAUUUACGAACACACCCAAGGUUUUUGUCCGAGAUCUAAUGUGUUAAUUAGUGAGCUUUAUAGUCAGACUGUGUUACCCUACAAUAGAGCCAAGCUAGCUGUUUCCCCGUUUCAAGGCUCUAUGCUAAGCUAACCGUCUCCUAGCUAUAGCUCCAUCUCUACCAGACAUCGAUCUUUUUAUCUAACCCUCUGCAAGAAAGUGUAUCUCUCAAAAUGCUGAACUGUUUCUUUAACCAUAUAGCCUUGAUGUAUAAUGUGAUAUGCUGUGAUAGAAAACAGGGUGAAGGUUGUGGUUGAAGGAUUUGUGUGGUGCUUGUGCUGCUGAGUCGACGCACUCCAGUGCAAUGACUGAUUACCGCACCUGUUUUACCUGUCGUUGUUGUAAUAAUGUGUGACGCUCUGUCAAGUUGAAGUCUUUUUUUGUAAUCAGAAUGUUAUGUUAUUAUUUAUCAGUCUAUCAUGUUGAUAGGGAAAUAAAAAUGG